UGAUAAUUGAAUUUUCAAAAGUAUAGACCUAAUAAUUUUGUUAUUAAAAACUAUAACUAAUUAAAAUUGAACAUUAAAAUUGUAAUGGGAAAAGUACUAAGUAAAAACUAAAUUUUAUCGAAGGAAGAAGAGCACCAUCUAAACGGUCUGUAUUUAUGAUAAGCGUCUUUUGUUUGUUUACAAGAUAAUUCUUGUAAAUGUAAUUUAUUUUAUUUACCAAAUUAUUAGGAAAUUUAUUUACUAUGUCUACCACGUUAAAUUGAAAAAUUAAUUUUUCGAACUAGUACCAAUCUCAUGUCAUUGCCUCGAUUGUCUAUUUUAAUAUAAGUUAAAAAAAUUGGACAAUCUGUCAGAUAUAAAUCCUUACAUUAAAAGUUAAUGACAAUAAUUUAUUUAUUUAUUAAAAUUCUGAAUAAUACAAAAAAAAAUCGAGUUUAUUAUGUCUGUAAUGUAACUAGUUGUAAGAUACAACUCAAGGACAAAGUUUCUGUAUUGUCGUUAAUACGAUUGAUUUAUUUUUAUCAAAACCGGAUUUUUUUUAUAAGAUGAAUAAUAUUGUAUGUAGGAUUUUUACGUUUUAAUCACGCAGUGUUAAAAAUAGUAUACUAACAUGUUUGAAAUACCAAACAUUUUGUAAGACCAAAAUUUUGAAAAAUUUUAAACAAUUUUUGAACAAUUCUGAUUUAUCGAGAUCGUCUUUUUAAAUUUUUUGGUUUUGAUAAAGUAUAAACAUUAAUUAUUUCUGAAAAAAAUUGUCUACGUGUUUUUUAAAUCAGCUGAAUCUGAAUAUUGAUUGCAUAUUAGUUAAAGACUUCAACCAUUUUAACAGUCGUGGAAUUAACUUCGAUGUUCGUUCAAAUCCACUUCAUAACAAUAUAUUUGUUAAUGGCGGUGAGCGAUGGAGAAUUAUGAGACAAAAGAUGAGUCCUGGGUUUACUUUUAAUAAGCUGAAGUAUAUGAUAGAUCAAAUAAAAGAGUGUAUCGAUUGUUUGAAGUUGAACAUAGAUAAAAUAGUAAAAGAAGAGUCUGGCGAAAUAGAAAUCAGAGAUAUGAUGUCCAAAUAUUCAACAGACGUUAUUGGUAGUUGUGCUUUUGGUCUUAAAUUAGACGCCAUCAAUGAUCCUGAUUCGGAAUUCCGAAAAUACGGUAAAGCUGUUGUUACCCCUUCUAUUAGAAAUCAGAUUAUUUCAGCGAUUUUACUUACCCAACCGUUAUUAUUACGACUUUUGCCAAAAAACAAUCGUCGACAAGAAACAAUUUCAUUCUUCAAAAAUGCCUUCCAACAAACUAUACAAUAUAGAGAGAAAAAUGGAAUAGAUCGUAAAGACUUUGUGGAGCAAUUGAUGAAAGCUAGAGAGGAUUUAGUUCUCAAUCCAGAAUCAAAAAAUACUGAUGUUACAUUUUCGGAAAUGGAUAUUGUAGCAAAUGCAUAUAUUUUAUUUAUCGCUGGAUUCGAUACAGUAUCUACAACACUGACCUGCGCUUUAUAUGAGCUAGCAUUGAAUAGUACAAUUCAAAAUAGAGUACGAGAAGAAAUUCAAUGUGAAAAAUUGAAGAAUGCUGGUCAAUUAAACCAUGAAUUUUUAAGUAAUCUUACAUACAUGCAUAUGGUUAUCAAAGAGACGUUAAGAAAGCAUCCUCCACUUGGUAUUUUAGAAAGAGUAGUAACUGAGCCAUAUAAAAUACCGGGAUCAAAUGUUACUUUGGAAAAUGGUACAAAAAUAAUUAUACCAAUAAGAUCCAUUCAACACGACCCCAAGUAUUAUUCAAAUCCAGAUGAGUUUGACCCUGAACGAUUUUCUAAAGAGAACGAGAGCAACUUAUAUCCGAAUACAUAUUACCCUUUUGGAGAUGGCCCUCGACUUUGCUUAGGUAAACGGUUUGCUGAAUUAGAAAUGAAAAUAGCUUUAUCUGAAAUAUUAUCAAACUUUGAAAUUCUACCUUACGAAAAGACUCAAAUACCUCUUCAAUAUAUAAUUGGUAGUUUUGUAAAUGCACCAGAGAAUGUUUGGCUUAUAUUCAAACCUAUAAAUACAUAAAUAUAAAUGAUUAAAUUUUUUAUGUAAUCUCACAACUUUAUUAUUUUAUUAAAAUUUAAUUUAUAUUCCUAUAUUAAUUAAUUUUAUUUGUAAACUAAAAAGUGUUAUAUUUUUUUAAAGAUAUAUUGUUUUUUUUGUUGAA